GCGCUGCCGGUGAAGCGGACGGGGGAGCUUUGGCUGAGAGGGCCCACCAUAAUGAAAGGGUAUUUUGGUAACGUGGAGGCCACGACCUCAACACUUGACUCGGAGGGAUGGUUGAGAACUGGAGAUCUGUGUUACAUUGAUGAAGACGGUUUUAUUUUUGUGGUUGAUAGGCUUAAGGAACUCAUCAAAUAUAAGGGUUAUCAGGUCCCUCCUGCUGAAUUAGAGGCUUUAUUACUUACUCAUCCUAAUAUCUCUGAUGCAGCUGUGAUUCCGUAUCCGGACAGAGACGUUGGACAGUAUCCAAUGGCGUACGUUGUGAGAAAGGGUGGAAGUGGCACCGUACAAGAGAAUCCGGCGGGUGGCUUUCGUGGACUCGAUUCCGAAGAAUCCGUCGGGGAAGAUCCUGAGGAAGGAUCUCAUAAAGCUCGCGACCUCUAA